AUGGUUGGAAGCAAGUGCACGAGGAGCAAAACCGCCACAAUGGCUCAAUCUGUGACUGCCCAAAGAUACUCCUCCCACGAUCCUGCGAUCAACAUGGCGGCUCCACCUCCUCUCGCCGCCGUGAACUCGCAACAAACCCUAGCUGCUGCACCACAGCAGCCACCCCGUGUGACUGGAACCACCGCACCGGCCUCUGCCGUCGUGACUUAA